CCCAGGCAUUUCUAAUAACCCAGAAAAUAAAAACCCAGAGUUUUUAGUUACUCAGAGGAUCAGAAACCAGAGUUUUCAGUCACUCAGAGAAUCAGAAAAUAGAGUUUUCAGUUACCCAGGGCAUCAGAAACUUCAGUUUCCAGUUACCCAGGGCAUCAGAAACUUCAGUUUUGAUUUACCUAGAGAAUAGAAAGUGGAGGAGACUAAACAAUCUAAUGGGACCUUGGUCUUAUUGUUAUCUCGAGGGGGGGCAGUUUGACCCAGCCACCCUUAUAACUGGCUCUCUUCAUGGUUCUCUUAAAAUUAAGGCCUUCCUUGCGAGACGAGAAUCUUCACCAUCUGAAUCAUGAGACGAGUCUGCGAGUGCUGUCUAAUUUCCACGACAUGUUCUAAGAGAAGACGACAGAGGAGGCUGAGGAGGCGGAGCCAGCUGGAGAAGCGACCAAAACCAUGACCCUUGAGGUGAAAAAAUAGAAGCUGUGACUGGAUUAGUCUCACAUAUUGUAAUGAUAUCCUCAGUCUGAAGAGGAAUCACAGAGAACUCAUCCUGCAUUCAAACUAAGCUGACUAUUUACAACAGAUGACACAACGUUAUAGAGAAGGGAGAACCUCUGGCCAAGAAGGGCAGAGCGAACCCACAGGUCUACAUGGACAUCAAGAUCGGAAAUAAACCUGCAGGAAGACUGCGCAUGUUACUCCGAGCUGACCUGGUGCCCAUGACUGCAGAUACAGGUGCAUAUGUGUCUUGGUGAUUCGAAGUUCCUCGCAUUUCUGUUUCAGUUCCUGUUUCCAUUCAGGAGCCAGUGAAUCUUAGUGUGGGACAGGCGAGGCUAGCUGCAUUCAUUCGGUGGUGUGUGCUUCACAGCAUGCUCAGUGUGCUGACACAACAACUUUCUUAUGGUGUAGGUAGUGGCUGAUGAUUUGAUGUAAAUUAAGGUGGGUUUGGAUGAGCUCCCGAGCUGCAGCUGGACUGCAUUUUCCUGCCAAGCCUGGGCCUGGAGAAGUGCUAGUUUUAAAAUUGUGCUUCAUUGGAGGGCAAUUUUAUAUUUAUAUGAUAAGUUUUAAUGAUUCUUAAGUGUUAUAAUAUAAUGUAGCUUUUGUAUUGAUAUUCAUGUCUCACUCUCAUGUUCUCUGUCUUCGAUUGGUAAAACUUAUCCGUGUGCCUUUAUUUAGGAGUAUUUACCUGGUUCUCCUGCAGGGUGGCGUAGUCGGAUUUAUUAAACUUUGAUUAAUGUUUCCUUCCAUUCUAAAACGCCACAUUUUGGCAUAGCCAGCAGAAUUUACCUGGUAAGGCAAGGAUUUAUUUAAGUGAGAUAUGGGUAUAAUUCUGUUUGAUUUAACAUUGGUUGUGAUUUGUCUUCUUUUUUUCAGAAGUAAAACAGCAGUGUGCGUUUUGACCUUUCGGGGAAUCAAUCCGUUGACCUGUUCCAUUGUGGAGUGAGUGUAGUGGUUAUGCUAGGAGCCAGUGAGCCUUGUUAUGGUACAGGGGAGGCUAGCUGCCUUCAUUUGGUGGUGUGCGCUUCACAGCCUGCUCAGUGUGCUGACACAACAGCUUCCUUAUGGUAGUUUACCAACAUCAAUGAUGAAGCAGCAUCUGUUCAUACUCCUGUUUUUCACAGGAGUUGUCCCCCUUGUCCAGUCUGUGACCCGUAAGUACUUUCUGGUCCAGCAGGGAAGAAAGUGGACUGAUGCUCAGACUUACUGCCAAGCCACAUACACCGACUUGGCUAUCAUCAAAAGUAAUGAUGACGUGAUCCAACUACAGAAUGAAGUACAGAGUCAGAAAUUCAGUUCCAGAGCUUGGAUUGGAAUGUACAGUAACAUUUCCAGCUGGCACUGGUCCCUUGGAUAUGAACCAGUGACAAAUAUAUUUGGAAAUUGGUAUGUUGGAGAGCCAAAUAACGGUGGUGGAAACCAAAACUGUGCCGCUGCAUAUCCCUUCGGUUGGACGGAUCUGCAAUGUACUCAAGUGCACCCCUUUCUGUGCUUUGAUGAAACAAAAAACGGCAGUGACCGCUACAUUUACAUAAAUAAUAGUGUACAAUGGCCUGAAGCUCAGGCUUACUGCAGACAGUAUCACACAGACCUGGCCAGUGCGAGAGAUGAAACAGAAAACUCAUUUAUAAAGGCGCUAGUCCCCGGAAUUACAUGGUUUGGAUUAAUAAAAGACCCCUGGAAGUGGGUAGAUCAUACCAACUUCUCUACUAUCAGCUGGUUGUCUGGACAACCUGAUAAUAGCAUGCGGAAUGAAAAUUGUGGUGUUAUAUAUAUGGGCAAGGCUGGUGAUGCACAGUGCUCAACCAUUUUGCCUUUCUUCUGUUACUCAGUAAGCACAAAGCAACAAAUCAUAAAGAUGAAGAUCCAGUCCAGUCAGGAUAUGAAUGAUCCUGCAGAAAAUGUGGCCAUCUUGGAGAAGAUCAAGCAAAAACUGAAGGAUAAUGGGAUGGUAGAGGACAUCAAGGUGAAAUGGAGAGUACAAUCAGAUGGAGAGGUGUUUCACAAGGAGAAAUAAACUAAUACUGCAAUAGAAAAAGGAGUUCUCUAAGUCUAUAGCUGUGUCUCAAAUACAGUAAUUCUGUAGUGCAUUAGUCAAUUUUGUUGAGUAGUAUGUUUAUUCAGUAAAUGUAAUAAGACGUAGUUCACUAUUAGAGGGAUGGUGAAGGGGAAAUAAUUAUUUACUCACUUUAAAAAUGCAUAACUUUUAUAUAUAGACAUUCUUUUUGUUUUCCUUAUCAUAAGCAUUAAUUAACCAUUUUAUUCAUGAUCAGGUAGAAUUCAUGGACUAUGUGAUGUAAGAAUCAGUGAUUAAUGUGCAGGAUUAAUGUGCAGAAUAUGUGUAGAAAUGUGCAGAAUAUCCCCCCUGCUGAGUCUCUCCUGCUUCCUCCUGUAGGAGCACAUUACUGUGUUCGUUUAAUUCACUGAGCUUUAAAGUUCUUAUAAUAGGCCUCAUUUAUCAAUAUUUUAGUAAAGUCGUGUGUAAAAAAGAAAAAAAGAAAAAAAAAAGAA